CCCAGCGCGCCUCACGUUGCAUGGGUCUCCAGAUAUUGGUACACAUUUUUGGGAACCAUCCCAGCGACGCAAAACUCCUAGAUAACGGAACAGGAAAUAGCAGAGCCGGACAGAAGGGGGGGAAAACCCGCCAUUUGUUGUUCAUCGUAAGCAAAGCAGAAAGCUGAGCCCACCCUUUCACUUGACAACGCGACAACAAGCAAUCAGAAAGGUAUGGGAAUGCCGUACUAUUCGCUUAAAUGUGCAUUUUUUAACGUCACGGCAGGUGUGGAAUCACGGUGCGUUUGCGUGUGAUGCUGUGUGCCGCUCCACGCCGCAGCAGUAAAUUGGCAAUGGAAGGCAAACGAUCUGAUCGUCGAUGCUGAAGCAUCAUAUGUGUGUGCAGCGAGGACGCGCGCAUUCCGUGUCAUUUGCGCCGGUGCCAACAUUGAGUGAACGUACGGACGCUGCGGCACUUUGACUUGGUUGUAUCACCUGCUCUCCAUACACCAUCCACCCUAACCUGGGUUGGGGAAACACCUGAUGAGUGGGACCUGUAUCCAUGAGCCCCGUGCCCCUUCCCCCUCCCGGUCAGGCUUCAGCACCCCGGUAUCAGAACCCCCCUAUCGAAGACUCGAUGCCGACACCCCCGCCUGCACCCCGGAAACGGACCUGACCCCAACACAGUGUGUCCUCCGAAACGUGCUAUCCAUUGACACCGGUGGCUUGGGGGCACUGGGUGGCAGCAGUCCCACUCCCACUGAUGGACCUUCAGGGCACUUUGACAACAGCGUGCUAAAACUACAUGAACAUGACACCUGCCAGUGUGGCGCAGGGGCCGAGGCGGGCCACAGCCCAGAAGCUGGUGCUAUCCGGAACCAUUCGGAGAACAUUCGGCUACAAUCGGGGUCUGGAGGAUUUUUGGAGGGACUGUUUGGCUGCCUAAAGCCUGUCUGGACCAUGAUCGGAAAGGCCUACUCCACUGAACACAAGCAUAGCCAUGAAGAGAGUUGGGAGGUUCCAUUUGAAGAGAUCUCAGACCUGCAGUGGGUCGGCAGUGGAGCACAGGGGGCUGUCUUCCUUGGCAAGUUCCACGGAGACGACGUGGCCGUGAAGAAAGUGCGAGACAUCAAGGAGACGGAAAUCAAACACCUCCGCAAACUCAAGCACCCCAACAUCAUCACUUUCAAGGGUGUGUGCACCCAGGCCCCUUGUUACUGCAUUUUGAUGGAAUACUGUGCCCAAGGCCAACUGUAUGAGGUGCUGAGGGCAGGCCGGAAAAUCACCCCCUCGCUCCUGGUUGACUGGUCCAUGGGCAUUGCAGGGGGCAUGAACUACCUACACCUUCAUAAGAUCAUACACCGAGACCUCAAGUCCCCCAACAUGCUGAUCACGCACGACGACCUUGUGAAGAUCUCGGACUUUGGAACCUCAAAGGAGCUCAGUGACAAAAGUACCAAAAUGUCCUUUGCAGGCACCGUAGCCUGGAUGGCACCUGAAGUCAUUCGGAAUGAGCCGGUGUCAGAAAAAGUGGACAUCUGGUCAUUUGGAGUGGUACUGUGGGAGAUGCUAACUGGUGAGAUCCCUUACAAAGAUGUGGAUUCAUCUGCUAUCAUCUGGGGAGUGGGAAACAACAGCCUCCAGCUGCCCAUACCUGAGAGCUGUCCUGAUGGCUUCAAGAUCCUACUCAGACAAUGCUGGAACUGUAAACCCAGGAAUAGGCCUUCUUUCCGUCAAAUCCUUCUUCAUCUGGACAUAGCAUCGGCUGACGUUCUGUCCACUCCCCAGGAGACAUACUUCAAAUCGCAGGCUGAAUGGCGAGAGGAGGUGAAACAGCACUUUGAGAAGAUCAAAUCUGAGGGCACUUGUCUGCACCGACUCGAUGAGGAGCUGAUCAACCGACGCAGAGAAGAGCUCAGACAUGCUUUAGACAUUCGUGAGCACUAUGAGAGGAAACUGGAGAGGGCGAACAACCUUUACAUGGAGCUCAGCGCUGUCAUGCUGCAGCUGGAGCUCAAAGAAAAAGAGCUGCAGAGGAGGGAGCAGUCCUUGGAUAAGAAGUAUCCAGGUUUCUUUAAGCACCACAGCUCCAGACAGAGCAGCUCUUCAAACAGCAUGGACAAGCUCAUCAAGAAGAGAAACGUCCCACAGAAGCUUCCCUCAGGAAAGAGGCCAGACAUCCUCAAGUCUGAGGUAAUCAUUCCUAAAAUGGAUUCUUCUGUAUUGCAAGUCACUAUCCCCACCUGCCCCAGUAGAAGCUCCACUUCUCCCAGUCGGUCUCGAAGGGUAAAGACCCGUCAUCGCAAGCCUGGAAAAGGCAGCAGUGGGGAUCUAGCAGGACUUAAAGCCAAUCAGUCAUCUCCCAAUAGAGAGACGGUGGCCAAGGUGAACAACUCAGCCACUGACUCCUCCAUGCAGCUCCUGGAGCCCUCUGCGGCCCUGAGGGGCUUCAGCCACGAGCAACAGCAAAGGCAGCUAUCCUCCUCCAGCCCUGACCUCAUCUGCACCGCGCUAGAGGCGGGCGGCCAGGGAAAAAAAGAUCCACCUCUGGGCGGGCUAGAAAGAGGGGGCAGCCUCAGUGCCUCUGCAGGAUUAGGAGCAUCAGAGGCCGCAGUCACUGGUUUGGAUGAUCUCACAGAAACUCCCCCACGCAGCGACACUCCUAGCGAGGAUGCUGCAUCAUUCCCAUUCUCAAGCAGCCCGGACUCGCCUUGUGGGAGGGGGGCGGCAGCAGGGCGUGGCUCUCUGGGAUCACCACGCUUGCCCCAUGAGGAAGAUAAAGAGGAUGGAUCUGGCGCUGUUAGGUUGCCCCGAGGGGCUUCAGGGGGAAUCGGGAGUCAGCACCUCACACCUUCAGCCAUUUUAUACAGGGCAGCUAUUACACGUAAACAGAGGCGUGGGGUGUCAUCAGAAGAGGAGGAGGGUGAAGUUGACAGUGAGGUUGAGUUACCGCGAAGACGACGCCCAACCAGCAUCACAAAGUGUCAGUCGGUGUCCACCUUCAGCUCAGAGAACUUGUCAGUUUCGGAUGGCGAGGAGGGCCACACUACAGACCACUCCCACAGCGGCACCCCUGAUGUGGUCAGCACCAACACGGACGACAGGUUAGACUACCGCAGCGACGACCUCCUCUCUCAGGGCUCAGAGAUCCCAGCAGACAACACAGAUCCGGCUCAGGCUUCCGAUGGCCUAUCAGAGAGAGAAGUAACGUCGGGUCACGCCAAAGCUCAGCUGCAAGCCGAGCAGAAUCCAAAUGAGGGUCGUGUUCUGUGUGAUGAUUCGGACUGCGACAGCGCUGAGCUAGACCAGCCGGGCAGUGGCGAGUCAAGCCGACCGCCAAGCGCUAACGCGUGUGUACCGCCCCUUCAAGUUUAUCAGGGGUCACCACAUCCGCCUCACACAGGACAUCCAUAGUCAACUGAUACAAAUACCUCUUGCCACCAUGACAUCAGUGCAUCAGUCGCCAGUGCAGCAUGUCAUGAGGGAUCACAACUGCAGUACAACACUUCUCAGCCCAAGUUAUGAAGGCUCAUAAGUGCAGUGGUGACCAUAACUCCACUCACGUGACAUUGUCACAAUCCGAGUCAUUUCUUUUUUCUUUAACAGCUUGUGAAAUAAUCAGAUACCGGUAAAUGUCAUUUUGCAUUUGGUACUGUUUGUAGGCAAAAUAUAGGUACAAAGGUAUCCUUAGCCACGGCACCUAGUCCUCUAAUCACACUAGCCAUUACUCUGGGAGCAUUCACAUAUACUAAUAAAUAAUAAUGUAAAUAACCAUACCACAUGAGAAAGAAAAUAUUUUAUUUGUAAGAUAAAAUCUAAGAAUAAAUGGUAUGCAGCCCUGUGAACAAAUGCAUGAUUAUGUUUUUAAAUGUAAGAUUUGAAUGUGUCUGUUUUAUAUUUUGUGAAAGUUUAUACUUUUUUUAAUCCUAAAAAUAUUCAGUUAUUUAAUAAUU